CAGGAAAGAUUUCAACCCCCAACGCACGCUUGCCCAGGACCAGAACGUCCCUACGGCAAGACCGUGUUUUGCGUCCAGUGAGUGCGGAAAACCGUCCAGGUACAAAUCCUCAUUUGUUAGGCACCCCCGAGUCCGCACAGGAAAGGGUUUUCACAUGUCCGGUGAAAGUGGAAAGUUCUCCCGUGGAAGCUCAACCCUCAGUCAGCAUCGAAAAAUGCAUCCAGGCCCCAGGCAGUCCACGUGCAGCAAAUGUGGAAAACCCUUCAGCCACAAGCCCGUCGUUAUGUAUCCCCGGGUUCGGCACCACGGCGGGGAGAACAGCCACGUGUGCAGUCAGUGUGCGCAAUCUUUUAGUCGUGGCUCGGCGUUCAUUCGCUACCGGAGAGUUCACACUGGAGAGAAGCCUUACAAGUGUACCUACUGCGCCAAAUCCUUUACCUCUAUCGCGGGCCUCGGUUAUCAUCAGAGCUCUCACACGGGGAAAAGACCUUACGUGUGCGGUGAGUGUGGGAAAUCUUACAUCACGCCUAUGGCCCUCCGCUGCCAUCACAGCGUUCACACCGGGGAAAGGUCUUACGACUGCAGCGAGUGUGGGAAAUCCUUCAAUAACAGAUGGAAGCUCGUUCGCCACCAGAGAAUUCACACGGGAGAAAAGCCCUAUGCGUGCGGCACCUGUGGCAAGGCUUUCACCAACAGCUUCACCCUGCGGUAUCACGAGCAAGGCCACCUGGGGAAGAGGCCUUACGAGUGCGGCGAGUGCCAGAAGUCUUUCACCACCAGCUCCGGCCUGCGCUACCAUCUCAGCAUUCACGCCGGAACGAGGCCGUAUAAAUGCAGCGAGUGUGGCAAGUCUUUUAUCUGUCGCUCCACCUACCAUUCCCAUCAGAAAACUCACUCGGGAGAAAAGCCCUACGAGUGCAGUGACUGUGGGAAAUCUUUCACCCGGCGAAGUAGCCUCCUUUAUCACCGGAGAGUUCACACUGGAGAAAGGCCCUUCGAGUGCAGUGAAUGCGGGAAAUCGUUUACCAGGAUCUAUGCCCUUCAUUGUCAUAAGAGAGUUCACACCGGGGAACGGCCCUACGAGUGCAGCGAGUGCGGAAAGUCGUUCCCCACCAGCAGUAGCCUGGGAAAACACCGGAAAGUUCAUCCUGGAGAAAGGCCUUACGAGUGCGGCGAAGCUGGGAAAUCUUUUGCCGGGAGUGACAUCUUCUGUUACCAUCAGAGAGUUCACGCGAGAGAGAAGCCUUUCAAAUGCAGCCAGUGUGGGAAGUCUUUCUCCUCCGGUGCCUCCCUCCGUUACCACCAGCGAGUUCACACGGGAGAAAGGCCGUACGAGUGCAGUGACUGUGGGAAGUCUUUUAUAUAUAGUUCCAAACUCCGUUAUCACCAGCGAGUUCACACUGGCGAACGGCCUUACGAGUGCAGUGAAUGUGGGAAGUCUUUUAUAUAUAGUUCCAAACUCCGCUAUCAUCAGCGCGUUCACACGAGCGAAAAACCUUACAAGUGUGGCGAAUGCGGGAAAUCUUUUAUCUACAGCUCUACGUUUCGCUACCAUCAGAGAGUUCACACUGGUGAGAGGCCUUAUAAGUGCAGUGAAUGUGGGAAAUCUUUUAUCUACGGCUCCAAACUUCGUUAUCAUCAGCGAGUUCACACUGCUGAAAGGCCUUAAGUGUGCUGGGAACGAGCAAUUUCCUGUUUGGUGCGACAACACUUGAGAAGGAAACAUUUUGGGGAGUCAUUUGUCUGGAUUGAAACUCUUAUAUCUGGAUACGCACAGUGGGGAGACUCCCCAUAAGUUUUAUUUAUGUUGGAAGUGUGUGUAUUUUUCUCGUUCUGACUUUCCCAGGCCUUCUCGGCUUAUGGUGCUCCUAGAUUCUGAGGCUAAUUCCUUCCACCUUUCCCACCUGGCAGGUCCACAGACUUUGCGAUAAUCAACACCCCAAUGUGCUUAUGUACGCUGACCUCUGGUCUCAUGUAUAUUGUGGCAAAAUGGAAAUGACCAGGGGGUCAGCUUUCCUAUUAGGACUAAUUUGGAUACGGAUAAGCUGCAGUAAUGAAUUGCAGCUUGCAGAGAAAUGACUACGUGUUCAUCGAGGGUGAUAAUUUGUGAUGAGAUAUUCUACCGUCCAGUGUAUGAACUUGGAACUGUCUGCUGCUCAUGACGUUGGCUUAUACAAUAAUUCAGAAUUUACUCUUUGUACAAAUAUUUUGUUAUUUAUU